GCGCCCGGUGUGGAGACACUCGGGGUCCUGCGGGGCGGAGCGGCCGGGCCGGGCCGGGCCGCCUUCCUCUUCCUCCGCCUCCCUCCCUCCCGCUCUCGCUCUCGCUCUCCCUCUCGCUCUCCCUCUCCCUCCACCACCGCGGGUCUGGCUCUGUUGUUUUACCUUGGACGUAUUCUGCUUCAGGUCAUUGCGUUUUUCUCUCCGCUGUGUCUCAUCUUCCUGUCCAAAUUUCUCAAGAAGGCUGACUCGAGAGACAGCAGACAAGCCUGCCUGGCCGCCAGCCUUGCCCUGGCCCUGAAUGGCGUCGUCACCAACACCGUAAAGCUGAUAGUGGGGAGGCCGCGCCCAGACUUCUUCUACCGCUGCUACCCGGAUGGGCGGGCGCCCUCGGACCUGGUGUGCACAGGAGACGCGGCCGUGGUGAACGAGGGCCGGAAGAGCUUCCCCAGCGGACACUCCUCCUUCGCAUUUGCAGGUCUGGCCUUCGUGUCCUUCUACCUGGCGGGAAAGUUACACUGCUUCACACCACAAGGCCGUGGGAAGUCUUGGCGGCUCUGUGCCUUUCUGUUACCUCUGCUCUUGGCAACUGUGAUUGCACUGUCCCGAACCUGUGACUACAAGCAUCACUGGCAAGAUGUGCUGGUUGGCUCUGUGAUCGGCACAACAUUCGCCUAUGUCUGCUACAGGCAGUACUACCCCCCUCUCACUGACGCCGAGUGCCAUAAGCCAUUCUGGAACGAGCGGGCGCUGCGUGCUGCACCGAGGAAGCCUGGUGACUCCCACUGUCUGGAUAUUUAGAGGCUGCAUCUACCUUGGGGGAAAGCAAGGCUGAUCAGGCUUCCUGAGGAAACCACGCACGACACGAGACUGACCUUUCCACCCUUCACACAGCCACCUUUUCUGGCUCCACCAGCAUGGCUGUGAGCAGGUCCCCAGCAGCUGAAGGAAGGGCUCCACUGGACUGGGACCCCGAGAUCUAGUGCUUUUCAAUUUAACUGAAAGGCCACUCUUGGAAGGCUAUUUUCACAAAGAAGACCUAUUUUAUCCUGGGAACUAGAGUCAGUUACCAAAACUUAACUUUUCUCAUAACUCGAAGUCUUAAAAUCUAGGUCCUGACCUCUGCUUCUGUUUAUUUCCCCUGGUGACAAUUCCUUAACCCUUAAAUAGGAAACAUCCAGUUCUGGCUAACUUGUCACCGUUGUGCCUGUCUUACCUGAGGCCAGCCAUCUGUUAUUGCCGUUUUGAACAAUGUGGAAAUAAACAGUUGAACUGCUAAGAAGUGGUAAAAAGGAAGAAAACAGUCAAUGUGGUUUCAGUGCUAACAGAUGACUGUUUCUACCUCAUUUGUCCUUGUGCUCAGGAGCUCCGUGCCCAAACAUUCUGCCACCCGUCCGAGGCAGGAAGAAAAAUGACAGCUCUCAUUAUGUGGAGGACAGAUGAGUGUCUGUUCUUCCUAGGAUCUUGUAAUUUCCUGUUUCUUCUGACUGUAUUUUAAAUGAGCAUGCCUUACAUAUAUCUUCCUAUAACAUCUUUAAUGUAUUUUUUUCCCCUUCAGUAAGCCUGAUAGUCAA